CAACCAAACCUUGAACGAAGUCUAGACUAGGAACUCAAUAAAAGUUUUGGAACAAUUUCUUAGUCUUUAAUUUGUGUUAAAACUAGGCGGAAAGGUUGUAAAGAAAAUACUAGUUGAUUAUAAUUCAUUGUCUAUAAUUGUCAUUUUAUAAGAGGAUAUAUAUGUAAUUCAAUAAUUUUAAAGAUAUAGAGGUCAAAUGAGCAAAUUUGGAAGUCCUAAUAGAAAUCCUCGCAUGAUAUAUGCAAAUAAAAGAUAGUUUGGAUGGGUGCGGCCAAUUGAUUUGGACGAGUGACGAGCAUUGUCCCUACUCCCUAAUUAUAUCCCCCAUUUUCAAUCAGCUCUCAUCAGCUGCAGUCUCUGGGCUUGCUGCUAGUGUCUUUAUGAGUUGCAGGCUUUUAUAUUCACCUAUCCACUGAUAAAUUCUGUUUCUGCAGGAAUGGGGUGAUCCGCGUAGAGAAGAAUUCUACUAUUACAUGAAGUCAUAUUCUCCUGUUGAUAAUGUUAAGGCUCAAAAUUAUCCAAACAUUCUUGUUACUGCUGGUCUAAAUGAUCCUCGUGUUAUGUACUCGGAACCUGCUAAAUUUGUGGCAAAAUUAAGAGAUAUGAAGACUGAUAAGAACAUCCUUUUGUUUAAAUGUGAACUGGGUGCUGGGCAUUUUUCAAAGUCAGGGAGAUUUGAGAAGCUUCAAGAAGAUGCCUUCAUUUAUUCCUUCAUUAUGAAGGCUCUAGAUUUGAUUCCUGACCUAGGGUCUGCAAAGAAAUAAUUCUUACAAAUUAUGUAACAUUCUCAGCAAUACGUUUUUGUUGGCAAUUACUUUGUAGUUCUGUUGAAUGUAACAUUAUUGUGUUUGAAAGUUUGAAUUGGCAUUUAUCUUGUUGGCGACAUUUUCUGUCGCCUAACUUUACUAAGACAAUAUUAUUUAGGAUUGGAAAA